UACGCCGAUAAGUCUAACAAUUUAUUAAAGUGUACAGCCCUGGCUAGCCUUGGUAGUCUGGCAGCCCUGGCACAGAUGCAAAACAACAAAAAUUCGUGGAAUAUUUUAAACAUUUACAAUAAAAAGAAACAAACAAACGAACGUGUAUGUCUGCAUUUACAUUGAGGCACAUAUAGCACGCACGCAGGACGUGCCGCACUAACAAGCACGGACGCACUCACGCAGGACGUGCCGUUAACAAAAUGAAUAAAUGCUCCGUUUAUUCCCUACUCAAAUUGACGCUUGCAAUUGCGUUCUAUGCGCCAACUGCAAUUGUUGGCUACAAAAUUGUGCGCCUGCAGGAUAAUCUAUGCUCGGAUAAGCUCAUCUAUACGCUGGCCAAACCCUUCCGUGGCGAUCCAACGCUACGGCUUACCGAAGAUCACGACUCGGGCGCCAUUAUAACACAAACUUGGAAUGUGACGCUGCCCAGUUUUGGCCAUUCGGCCAAUAAAAUCAAAUACGACUGCCAGUUCCGUGUCCAGACCAACGAUCGUCCGCCGCGUGGCAUUUACACAAUCAUCACGCGGUUGAAGUUCAGGAGCGAUCCGGUGACCAAGAAAUGCAUCGACUAUAUUCAAUUUACGAGUGGGAAUCGUUCGCCCAGCGAACGCAUUUGUAGUGAUAUCUCCAUUGAUGGGCCCGCGGGCCGUUUGAUAUUCGAUCAGCGGGAUCGGGAUGUGCAUGUGCAUAUCUUUAUUGAUCGCGAUCGGCAUAUAUUUGGCGAUCCACUGGAGCUGCGCAUGGUGCUGACCGCCCAUUCCGAGUGCCAGUUUGCGGGCGACUUUUUAUGCAAUCCGAAGGAUCAAUACUCUUGCAUUUCGCGUCAUUUUGUGCGUGACAAUAUCACCAACUGCAUGUAUCCGUGCCGGGACGAGGGCACCUGCUUCCACGAUGCCAUUCCCCCCGAGGAAAUGGACACAACGAAUGUGGCUCUAUCGGCCAUAACAUCCCUCAUCUUUACCAUGCUGGGCGUCGGCUUUUGUGUGUGGAUCUGCUGGAAGUAUUGGAACUGCAUCACAGUACAGCAACACGCCCAUGAAGCGUCCGCCGCUCGCUUUAAUCAGCGACGUUUGCGGUCCGAUGUGCCCACCAUUGAGCUGCCGACGGCGCCGUCAUAUGAUGGGAUGCUGCCACAUGAUUUAUCACCAGGAUCGCAGGAUCAUCAGCAGCAGCCGGCAACGCCCAAAGAUUUGCCACCCAGCUACGAGUCACUCUUCCCCGACAGAUAAGGGCUGCCGAUAGUUAAUUAGUUGAUUGCUCUGCCCUGUGCCAGACGAUAACAACCAAAACAUGUUGGCGCCAAACUCACAUUUAUUGCAGCGCAAUUGUUGUAACAGUUCCAUUACGAAUUAGGUAUUUUUCCAAUUACACGAAGUAAUUGAAUGUAAUUCCACAAAACAAACGAAAACAAGUAAUUAGCAGGAAGAUAUGCAAUGUAAAUAUGCACAUUCGUUAUAGUUUUAUGCGCUGAUUUUAUGUUUACGAUAUUCGAUUAGCUUUAGGCCAAAACUAAGAGUAUUGUUUUAUAUACAUAAGACCGUGGAUAAAUGUGUUCAAACGCUAACUAAUCAAGUACAACCAACAACAGCAGCUCAAAUUUUAAUUAUACGAUUCCCUCCUGUUUGUUUUUUGUAUAUAUACGCGGAAAUGAUGUUCUUUUUAUGUUUAUAUAAUAAUUGUUGCUAAAAAUGUUUGUCUGCCGUUGAACAAAUCUUGUAGUGUGCAUUCCACAAUCUCAAUCGAACUCAAAUAGAACUCAACACUAAUGAAAUCUCAAGAAAUUAGUUACACAAUUCUACCAACUAAAUGCGAAACAACAAUUUAAACUAGUUAGCGAAAAUAUUGAGAUUCCAUUUAAUUAAUUGUAAUAUAAGUAUUAAACACUGAUAACUCGAUGUAUAUGUAUUAGCUGCAUGGUAAAUCCACAAAAUUAGCGGCAUUCCAUCUAGUUGUACCUGUAUCAUAUAUAUAUACAUAUAUUUACCUAUAUACAAAAUGCUUUUGUGAAACAAUGUAAACAAAAGACAAAAUACCACAUAGAAAAAGAAGACAUAAAUUAUGUUAUUGCGCGCCUUGGUCGUCAAUUGUUUAAACAAAUCAAUAAGCGAUAUUGUAUUAUGUAAGCAACAGUAUAUAUUCGAAAUAUGUAAUUGCAGAAACCGAUUAUGUAUAAACACUAACGGUCAAUUUAAAGCAUACACACACACACACACACACACACACACUCACAUAUACGUAUACUAA